AUGGACAACGGGUCAUGCUGCCUCAUCCAGGGGGACCCUAUCUCCCAGGCGAUGCCGCCGCUGCUGAUCCUGGCCUUCGUGCUCGGUGCCCUGGGCAACGGUAUCGCCCUGUGUGGAUUUUGCUUUCACAUGAAGACCUGGAAGCCCAGCACUAUUUACCUUUUCAACUUGGCUGUGGCUGACUUUCUUCUCAUGAUCUGCCUGCCCUUUCGGACGGACUAUUACCGCAGACACAGGCAAUGGGCCUUUGGGGAUAUUCCCUGUCGAGCGGUGCUCUUCAUGCUGGCCAUGAACAGGGCCGGGAGCAUUGUCUUCCUUACGGUGGUGGCUGUGGACAGGUAUUUUAAAGUGGUCCACCCCCACCAUAUGGUGAAUGCCAUCUCCAACCGGACCGCAAUUGGCAUCGUCUGCGCCCUUUGGACCAUGGUCAUCGUGGGGACUCUGUAUCUUUUGAUGGAGAACCAUCUGUGUGUGCAAGAGAAGACCAUAGCUUGUGAGAGCUUCAUCAUGGAGUCAGCCAAUGGCUGGCAUGACGUCAUGUUCCAGCUGGAGUUCUUCCUGCCCCUUGGCAUCAUCUUGUUCUGCUCCUUCAAGGUCAUUUGGAGCCUGGAGCAGAGGCAGCACCUGGCCAGGCAGGCUCGGAUGAAGAGGGCUACACGGUUCAUCGUGGUGGUGGCAGUUGUGUUCAUCACGGGCUACCUGCCUAGCGUGUCAGCCAGACUGUAUUUCCUCUGGACGGUGCCCUCCAGCGUCUGUGACCCCUCUGUGCAUGUAGCCCUCCAUGUCACCCUCAGCUUCACCUACAUGAACAGCAUGCUGGAUCCCCUGGUGUAUUAUUUUUCAAGUCCCUCGUUCCCCAAAUUCUACUCCAAGCUCAAAAUCUGCAGCUUGAGACCUAAGCAUCCAGGACGCUCCAAGAGGCCAGAAGAGAUGCCAAUUUCAAACCUUUGUCACAAGAGUUGCAUUAGUGUGGCAAAUAGCUUCCAAAGUCAAUCAGAUGUGCAGUGGGAUCCCCAGAUGUGA